UGAAAGCCGGGAAAGGCGAUUUUGCUGCCGUGAAGAUUUGGGUGCGAUACGAUGGCUCUCCGGCAAUUCUGAGGAUACGGUUCCACGGAAUUGGGAUUCCGGCGAUUGCACUCUGGACUGUGACUCACGCGGUGCGACGUCUUUUGAAGCGAAGUGGCCCGGACAUUGAGAUGUUAAUUGGGGAGAUGGUUGUUGAUCUGGCUUUUGAGCAGCUGGCAGUGGCAAAGAAGGUGGUGGCUGUGGCGAUGGAGCGGUCGAAGCAGAGGGUUUAG